AAAUUCUCAUCACAUAUUAAAAUCAAACUAAAAUGAAGACAAAAAAACAAAACCUCUACAUAGAGAGCAGCUAUAUAUAUGUCAAUGAGGUUGUAACAGAAUAGAAACUUAAGCUUUGAAUUGUGGGGUGUGGUGAAGAAAUGGAGGAAGAAGAAGUAAAGAAUGAAAACAAGACGCCAUUGUUAGAAGGGUGGAAGCUUAGUGGAAGUGGACGGCGGAGCAGCCACCGGAUUAGUCGCCGGAACUCAGUAACAUCUCUGAGGGGUGAUUUCUUGGCAAGAUUACCUGAAAAGGUCAAGUCUUGUGUUAAUGAUAAUGGUGAUGUUGAAUCUUGCUCCAAUAUUGACCUUUCCAAAUCCUCUUGCUUAACUAAAGGAGAAAAGGACUACUAUGAAAAACAAUUUGAGACAUUGAAGUCAUUUGAAGAAGUUGAUUCCAUUGUGGCAUCUAACUGCAUUGAUGCUGAGGAUCUUGAAGAACAAGCUCAACAUGAGAGGGCGAUGAAGAUCUCCAAUUACGCAAAUGUUGUAUUGCUAGCUCUUAAGAUCUAUGCCACGGUGAAGAGUGGUUCCCUGGCUAUUGCUGCAUCUACAUUGGAUUCCUUACUUGAUCUCAUGGCUGGUGGCAUACUAUGGCUGACUCACCUAUCAAUGAAAAAUAUCAACAUCUACAAAUAUCCUAUAGGGAAGUUGCGAGUGCAGCCAGUAGGAAUUAUUAUAUUUGCUGCUAUUAUGGCUACACUUGGCUUUCAGGUGUUGGUUCAGGCUGUAGAACAACUAGUUGAAAAUAAAUCUCCCGAAAAGAUGACCUCUGAUGAGCUUGUCUGGUUGUAUGCUAUCAUGAUAACAGCCACAGUGGUAAAACUUGCUCUUUGGCUCUACUGUAGAAGCUCAGGAAACAACAUUGUCCGUGCCUAUGCAAAGGAUCACUAUUUUGACGUGGUAACUAAUGUAGUCGGAUUGGUAGCAGCUGUCCUUGGUGAUAAGUUCUACUGGUGGAUCGAUCCCGUUGGUGCCCUUAUCCUUGCAAUUUAUACAAUCUCCAAUUGGUCAGGAACUGUUUUAGAGAACGCAGCGUCAUUGGUGGGACAGUCAGCGCCUCCCGAGUAUUUGCAAAAGUUAACAUAUCUUGUUAUAAGACACCCCCAAGUGAAGCGCGUUGAUACAGUUCGGGCAUACACAUUUGGUGUCUUGUACUUUGUAGAGGUUGAUAUUGAACUUCCAGAAGAUUUGCCAUUGAAAGAAGCACAUACUAUUGGAGAAACUCUACAAAUAAACCUCGAGAAACUCCCUGACGUUGAACGAGCAUUCGUUCAUCUCGAUUUUGAAUGUGAACACAAACCAGAGCAUUCUGUCCUCAGCAGGCUACCAAACACUGAACCUUAGCAUUUGCAGGUAUGUACAGAGAGAUAUGGAUAUACAGAGGAGAGUUGCAAUUACAUUCGAUUCCGGUUCAGUUGCUGUAGACAAACAAACUGGUGGUCUAAGUGUAUAUUCAUACGAUUCAGCACAGUGGAUUCUUGAAAGAGAUAUAGUGAACUUGAUUUUAAUUUCAGUGUGAAAAGUAUUUGUGUCAUUUUUAUAAG